AUUCAUCAUUCAAUCAAUCUCCACCAUCAUUACCGUUACCAUUACUACCUAGAAAAUAACUCCCUAGUAUCAUCACAUCAUCAUUAGCUCCACUAUUGUUCUUCUCAUCAUUCCUCAUAAUUCAUACAGUUAUACCAAAUUGAUUAAAAUUUGAUCAUGGGUUCUCUGCUUUGUUACCGGUGGUUAAAGUCACCUGAUCAUGGCCACCAUCAUGAAGUGUUGGCGAUGGUGGCGAUUGGGGUGAUGAUCACGUUGAGCAUAGGGCCUCAACGGGCUAUCGCGGUGGCACCGAACUUCUUUGAGGAUGUAGACAUCACGUGGGGCGGCGAUCGUGGGAAAGUUCUCAACGGAGGCAACAUUAUCUCCCUUUCUCUCGACAGGAACUCCGGCUCAGGGUUCCAGUCCAAGCUCGACUACAUGUACGCCAGAAUCGACACCCAGAUCAAACUCGUCCCUGGCAACUCAGCCGGCACCGUCACCGCUUAUUACAUGUCGUCGCAAGGCCCCGUCCACGACGAAAUCGACUUCGAGUUUCUCGGCAACCUGAGCGGACAGCCCUACACACUCCACACAAACGUGUACACACACGGGCAGGGCAACAGGGAGAUGCAAUUCCGCCUCUGGUUCGACCCUACCAGAAACUUUCACACCUACACCAUCGUCUGGAAGCCCCAGCACAUCAUCUUCAUGGUGGACAACAUUCCAAUAAGGGUGUUCAAGAACCUGGUCAAGUACGGGGUUCCCUACCCAAGGAAGCAGCCAAUGAAGCUCUACGCCAGCCUGUGGGACGCCGAGGACUGGGCCACGAGAGGUGGGCUUGUGAAGACGGACUGGACCAUGGCCCCCUUCACGGCCUACUUCCGCAACAUGGCGGCCAACCAGUACGAGAACUUCUCGCACAGCGGGAGCGGGUCGUUGAUGGAAGCAGGCCACGAUGAUUUGGGCCCGCACGCUAGGAAGAGACUGAGAUGGGUCCAGGCCCACUUCAUGAUCUAUAACUACUGCACCGACGUCUACCGGUACCCGCAAGGCCCACCUACCGAGUGCAAGCACGCCAGAGUUUGAGUUGAUUGAUCCAUCGAGUUCGAGUUCGCUAGUUAUAGGUUUACAAUGUUGGCUUUGUUUCGAGUAAUGAUCAAAUAUGUUGCUCCCAUCAAUUAUGUUGUUGUUCUUUCAUCGUCAUAAGCAUACUUUAAUCUUGAUUGGUGGAAAUUCGAAUUGUCCAAUUCUUUAUCGUUUUGGGUUGAGAGAAUAAAUAGAUAAUUUUAUUUAACUACACCGUUAAAAUAACCCCAACACACAUUCACAAUCGUGGAUUCUGAUCUUAUGACUCUCAUAUGUAUUUUUGAAAAUUGGCAUAAGUAGAACAAAAUUUACUUUCCUUGGAGUUGUUCUAUAUCAUUUCGAUUGUCGUUGUGAAAACAAUUUUAAUCCACCUUGGAUAAUGAUGAAGAGUAUAAAAUAAAAGAAUAUGAAGAAAAAAGAAGAACUAAGAACUAGUGACAGAUAAGUUCGUAAAUUAUCUUUUUAUAUGUAAGAGUAUCAAUGGACAACUUCUCAUGUGAUUUUGUAUUGGUUGAACUAGUUAUUCCAUUUUGAUUUUCAACGAUAAUGUAGACAUCAAUGACUAAAUACGAUGAAGGUGUGCACUAGUUGUUGUGUUUAAUGUGGUUGGUGUUUUUAUCAAUUUUGUUUGCAAGGCCAUCAUAACAACGAUGUGGUUCAUCGUGUGUUCAAGAAAAUCUUUUUUGGAUCUUGCGAUUAUUGUAGGUUUGGAUUUGUGCUUGUGUUUACUUUUGUAUUGUUUUGUGAUGGUUGAUGAUUACAAGGUUCUAGCCUGGAGUGUGGAGAAUGUUCUCAGCCCCAUUUUACCACUAGAAAAAUGAUAACAAGUUUUUUUUUGUCUAUACUUUCUUUGUAAUACAAUGUAUUUAAUCAUUGGACAAUAAAAAGAAAGAUGAUCGAGAAAAUAUUUACAAAAUAAUCCAAUUGAAAAAGUCAAAUUACAAACAUCAUACGAGUCAUUUCACUUUUUAACAAUAUUGCCUUUUUACCACGAGAAUAAAUGUUAAAAUAAAAU